AUGGCGAACCACCACCAACUGUCGUCUGGAGGAGGCAGGAUCGACAAAUCAUCCGAUUCAAUGGCGCCACUGGAUAUGGAGGGCUUCCAAUUUUCAGCAAGUGUUUUCAAUGGCUCCGAGCUGACGAUUACGAAAGUGAGUCGGAAGCACAUGAGCGAAUACGUUUGUGUUGCUAGCAAUGGGAUACCGCCGGAUGAAUCUUGGAGCGUAAAGCUUCAUGUUACCUGUAUGUUUACUGACAUUGCGCAUUAA